CACAAAAUCACCUAACAGCGGCGGGAACUUCCCGGGGGGGUUUUAAUCCCAGUGUGAGGUCGCUGAGAAGAUUUGGGGCCGGGGAGAGAGCUGAUCUGAGGGACAUUGUUCUGUCAGGCGGUGCGCGGGCAGCUCAGAGCACACGGAAGCCUGCUGGGCCGCUGGCUUGUUGUGACGGGAGAAGCCGGAGCAGGAAGAGGGUGACUGGAGCGGGGCCUGAGACAACUUCACGGACACAACUUCGCCUCAUCUCCCGGCCAUGCCGCUCUUCGGCUCCAACCCGUUCGACCAGGAUGUGGGUGAGUGAGACGGAGCCUUGGUAUAAGGCAGCGAUACAAUGUCACGAUACCUGGGCACAGUGUCACGAUACCCGGGCGCUCUCAGAGGUUGAUUGAUCCCAGUCUCAGGGUGUCAGUAUACCUGGACGCUCUCAGAGGGUGAUUGAUCCCAGUCUCAGGGUGUCAGUAUACCUGGACGCUCUCAGAGGGCGUUUGAUCCCAGUCUCAGGGUGUCAGUAUACAUGGACGCUCUCAGAGGGUGAUUGAACCCAGUCUCAGGGUGUCAGUAUACCUGGACGCUCUCAGAGGGUGAUUGAUCCCAGUCUCAGGGUGUCAGUAUACCUGGGCGCUCUCAGUGGGUGAUUGAUCCCAGUCUCAGGGUGUCAGUAUACAUGGACGCUCUCAGAGGGCGAUUGAUCCCAGUCUCAGGGUGUCAGUAUACAUGGACGCUCUCAGAGGGCGAUUGAUCCCAGUCUCAGGGUGUCAGUAUACAUGGACGCUCUCAGAGGGCGUUUGAUCCCAGUCUCAGGGUGUCAGUAUACCUGGACGCUCUCAGAGGGCGUUUGAUCCCAGUCUCAGGGUGUCAGUAUACAUGGACGCUCUCAGAGGGUGAUUUAUUCCAGUCUCAGGGUGUCAGUAUACCUGGGCGCUCUCAGUGGGUGAUUGUCAGGGUGUCAGUAUAUCUGGGCAUUCUCAGAAGGUGUUGGAUCCCAGUCUCAGGGUGUCAGUAUACAUGGACGCUCUCAGAGGGCGAUUUAUCACAGUCUCAGGGUGUCAGUAUACCUGGGCGCUCUCAGUGGGUGAUUGUCAGGGUGUCAGUAUAUCUGGGCAUUCUCAGAAGGUGUUGGAUCCCAGUCUCAGGGUGUCAGUAUACCUGGACGCUCUCAGAGGGCGUUUGAUCCCAGUCUCAGGGUGUCAGUAUACAUGGACGCUCUCAGAGGGUGAUUUAUCCCAGUCUCAGGGUGUCAGUAUACCUGGGCGCUCUCAGUGGGUGAUUGUCAGGGUGUCAGUAUAUCUGGGCAUUCUCAGAAGGUGUUGGAUCCCAGUCUCAGGGUGUCAGAAUACCUGGGCGCUCUCAGAGGGUGAUUGAACCCAGUUUCAGGGUGUCCUGAUACCUGGGCGCUCUCCGAGGGCGAUUGUCCCAGUGUCAGGAUACCUGGGUGCUCUCAGAGGGCGAUUGAUCCCAGUCUCAGGGUAUCAGAAUACCUGGGUGCUCUCAGUUGGCAGUUGUCAGGGUGUCAGGAAACCUGGGUGCUCUCAGAGGGCGAUUGAUCGCCGGUCUCAGGGUGUCAGUAUACCUCGGCGCUCUCAGUGGGUGAUUGUCCCAGUGUCAGUAUAUCUGGGCGCUCUCAGAAGGUGUUGGAUCCCAGUCUCAGGGUGUCAGAAUACCUGGGAGCUCUCAGAGGGUGAUUGAACCCAGUUUCAGGGUGUCCUGAAACCUGGGCGCUCUCCGAGGGCGAUUGUCCCAGUGUCAGGAUACCUGGGUGCUCUCAGAGGGCGAUUGAUCCCAGUCUCAGGGUGUCAGAAUACCUGGACGCUCUCAGAGGGCGAUUGUCCCAGUCUCAGGGUGUCAGGAUAACUGGGUGCUCUCAAAGGGCGAUUGAUCUCAGUAUCUGGGUGUCAGGAUACCUGGGUGCUCUCAGAGGGUGACUGAUCCCUGUCUUAGGAUACCUGGGUGCUCUCAGAGGGUGAUUGUCCCAAUGUCAGGGUGUCAGGAUACCUGGGUGCUCUCAGAGGGCGAUUGAUCCCAGUGUCAGGGUGUCAGGAUAUCUUGGCGCUCUCAGAGGGCGAUAGUCUUGGUGUCAGGAUACCUGGGUGCUCUCAGAGGGCGAUUGAUCCCAGUCUCAGGGUGUCAGGAUAUCUUGGCGCUCUCAGAGGGCGAUUGUCCUGGUGUCAGGAUACCUGGGUGCUCUCAGAGGGAGAUUGAUCCCAGUCUCAGGGUGUCAGGAUAUCUGGGCGCUCUCAGAGGGCGAUUGAUCCCAGUCCCUCAGGUGUCAGGAUACCUGGGUGCUCUCAGAGGGUGAUGUCCCAAUGUCAGGGUGUCAGGAUAUCUGGGUACUUUUAGAUGGUGAUUGGUCCGAGUCUCAGGAUGUCAGGAUACCUGGGUACUCUCAGGGCGAUUGAUAUUUGUUUGGAUACCUGGGUACUCUUAGAGGGUAAUUGGACCCAGUCUCAGGGUGUCAGGAUACCUGGGUGUUCUCAGGGACCGAUUGUCCCAGUAUCAGGGUGUCAGGAUACCUGGGUACAUGUCCCGUUUCCACUGAGCGGUACUGUUAGGGUCGGUACGGUCUGGUAUGCUAUUUUGAUUGUUUCCAUUAUGAGAGUGGCCCACACAACAGAACCAAACCGCACUAUUUCUGGGCUCUCUUCAGAUGUAGGUCCAUAGGAAAUGGUAUGGUACAGUUAGGGCAGAGCUACUGGCUUCACACUAUACAAUCCAUGGAUUGGCGGACAGGAAAACGUCAAUGCUCACGACAAAUGACACUCUUGGCAUUUAGUCUAAACCCUGCAUGCCCACUGGCGGUCCGACUUGCAGUGGAAACGCUCACCUGAAUAGGCUGGACCAUUUUAUCCCUUCCAAACCAAACCGCUAAGUGCAAACAAGGCAUUAAGGGUGAUUGGUCCCAGUCUCUUGGUGUCAAGAUACCUGGGCAUUCUCAGAGGAUGAUUUACCCCAGUCUCAGGGUGCCAGGAUAUCUGAGUACUGUCAGAGGUUGAUUGAUGGGGCUUUGGUAUAAGGCUGCAAUACUGACAGACCAUUGAAUACCUGCGUACUCUGAGGGUGAUUGGUCCCAAUUUUAGGGUACCAGGAUACCUGGAUGCUCUUAGAAGGUGAUUGGUCCUAGUCUUAGGGUCUCCAGCCACAUCUUGGCUGUUCGCGGCCAACUUGUUGGUUUGCGCUAUUGUAUAGAGAGAGUUUUAAGGAACAGUCUAAGCAUCAUAACUACAGGUCAUGGUAGAAGUCAUGGUGCUUGCUAUGUCUUUGGCACCGUCCUCUGUCCUUUUCAAUUAUGUUGAUCCUUCACAGAACCUUAGCAUGCAGAUGAUUUCCUGUCAAUUACUCUUCCACGUUAUCAAGCAAUAAUGGCAGUCUGAAAGUGCUGGAGGCAGCUUAGCCCUUCAUUCGCAGCCUGUCUUGGCCAUCCAUGAUGUUCAAUACUGAUAGAUGUACAGAUGGUACAGAAUGGAGGACUUACCGAUGUCCUCACACUUUUUAAACCUGUGGCUGCGACAUGUGUUUAUGGACAAGACUCAAGAUGCAUUCACAAUUACUUGGCAUUGCACAUAUCAUUAGUGGUGUACAAACUGUCAUCUUACCUGACAAUGCCUAAGCCAUUUUUGCUAGUACACACUUUUUAAACUGUCACAAUUAGACCAGAGCUGCCCCAUGUCCAAUGUUGGUGAAAAAGUAGGGCAGGAGGCUAAAAAGCUACCCAUGUCCACUUUCAGCAGGGUAGGUUUGAUUUAAAUCACUAGUCAUUCAAGAUUCAAUUCAAAUCAAGAUUUGUUUGUCACGAUCGUGGGCUAUUGGCCCAGCCAAGACAGUGGGGAGAGUGUGGAAGUGAAAUGGUUAAUGACACCAGAUCCCUGGUUACCUGUUGCUAGUCCCAGCAACCAAAUUAACCCCUGCAAUGCCUCCUACACGAACACCCUAGUACACAAUUAACUGCCACCACCAAGACUUAAUUCAGUGUCUUAAGUUACCCCACACACAGUAGAAUUAUAGUAUCCCAAACUUACUUUACUGAUCAGACAUAAAUAACCUUUUAGUGACUCGUUUACCUGAGCUUUCCUCAGGAUUGUGAGCUCAUAGAGAACAAAGACACGAGCUGAUUAAGUAAACAUUUUAUCUGACAAAAAGAAUUCACAGUGCUGUGUACAAAAAAUACAAAAAUAAAUGACAUACAGAUAACAGAAACACAUAUAACAAAUUGCAAAACAGUCCAUAAAAUAAAAUAGAAAACACAAGAAAUUCCUUACAUUUAUUUUUACCCCUUAUAUAUAAUUAUUGUGGGGGGUUCAGAUGUUAAAGUUCUUCAUGCAGUUGUUAAAAAGAAAUUUCUUCUGGAUAAUCCAGCAUUCUAAUUAUAUAGCUGAAACUGGUUGUUUCUAAGUGGCCAGACCCUUGGGUGGAUCAGAGGGGUGGCAGGUUAUUGUCCACUCCAUAAAACCUGUCCAGGGCACUAGUGUGGAUUUACCUGAAAAAAACAAUAGGCGUUCCAAAAUGUCCCAUUUACAGUAUCUCUCUAUAAUUAUUUUGUCAUAUUUCUCCAAUUCUUGUGAGUUGUCAGAGAUCAAACAUGCUAACGUUAAAGGCCCACUAUAGGCACCCAGACCACUUCAGCUCAAUGAAGUGGUCUGGGUGCCAGGUCCCUCUAGUGUUAACCCUGCAGCUGUAAACAUAGCAGUUUCAGAGAAACUGCAGUGUUUACAAUAGGGUUAAUCCAGCCUCUAGUGGCUGUCUCAUUGAUAUAUUUUAUUUUUUUAUCUUUGACAAUUUUUAUUGAAGUUUUAUAGGGGUACAGAAGAGAAUAGGGGGUGGGGGAGCAGUGGUAACGUAAAGUAUCUCAUACACAUUGACCUUAGGACAGUGUACACAUUUAUCAUACACAGUUUGCUUUUCAUACGAUCAUUGUGUUAUAUCGUGAUGCCCUGAUUGGGUCUGCUGAUUAUUGUCCACCCCAUGCCCUGAGGGGGGGGGGCUCACAUCGGUCCCUUCCAGGGUGGUAAUCGUCUGGGUUUGUGAUUGAUGCUGGGUGUAGAGCUUUGGUAUUUCAUAUACCACUGGGGUGGAGGGUGAACCGUGGAAGAGGAUCAGAGUGGGGACGGAAGGGAGGGGGGGGAUGAAGGGGGGAGGAGAAAGGAGAGGGGGAGAGGGUAGGGCUCUCCUAGGUAGUCGGCUGUGUGUGGUCGUUUCUGCAGGACUAUCUGUCCUACAUGUGUUUUAUUCGAGUUGCGGCAUUAUCGUUGUGUUUGCAGUCUCCAGAAUUAUUUACAUUUUCAUUUACAAUUGCAUUGACCUUUACAUUUACACCCUUUGCUACAGUUUCGUUGUCGAAGGGGCACAGCUGUCGGUGUGUAGAUCCCUGCUACCGUCAUCUCAAUUGGGGGUUAUAUUAUUAGUACGCUCCAUGUACAGUUGCCAGGUUUCCCAGGCUUGUGACCAGACUUUUUUGGAGUGGUUUGAGCGUCUAGCUGCCAGCUCGUAGAGCUUAGUUGUUUCUAUCGUUUGUAUGCAUUCUGAUAUUUUGGGUGGGAUAUUAGAUUUCCAAUGUCUGCUAAUGACCGUGAGCGCGGCUAUAAGUAUGUGAUAGAUUAAGUAUUUUUGCCUGCUCCGCAGCCCCUUUGGAAAGAGGUGGAGGAGGUAUAUUUCUGGUUUGCGGGGUAGUAGUGUUUUUGUGCUGUCUUGGAUAAUGGUGGUUAUGGUAUUCCAGUAGGGUGUUAAGGAGGGGCAUUCCCACCAAAUGUGGAGCAUUGUGCCCUUGUGUUGUUGACAUCUCCAACAGAUAUCGGAGGCCUGUGGAUAGGUGGCCUUUAGGCGUGUGGGUACUAGGUACCACCGGUAUAAAAUUUUCCGGGAUAGUUCCAUGUGGGAGGCACAUUUGGAGAGUGAAUUGUGUGCCAGGAGAAUCUCAUUCCAUUGUUUUUCACCAAGAGUGUACGUAAGUUCCCUCUCCCAUGCAGCUAUGAAGGAGAGGUUUUUGUGGUCUUUUGGGGGAUGCAUAGUCUGGUAUAGUUCCGAGAUGAGUUUUUUGGGGGUUGCGAGACGUGAGCAUAUUUUCUCUACCACCGUCAGCUGUAGCCCCUGUACAUUGUCAGGUCUUGUUAUAGUUUGCUUGCGGAGCCAUGAUUGCAACUGCAUGUAGGGGAAAGCUGCCCUUGGAGUCAAAUUAUAACAUGCUGUUAGGUCUGCGAGAUUUCUGAGCUUGUUUUCCUGGAGCAGCUGGUGUAAGUGUGUUACUCCGUGCUGAUGCCAUACGGUGUAGUUAAAAUUAGGUAUUAUAUAGUGUAGUGUUUGUAUGGGCAUGGCAGGCGAUAUUUUGCCCAGCCAGCCCAAUGUGCGGCAGUACUUGUCCCAUAUGGUCAGGGUGAGGGCUGUGGUUGGGAGCAAUUUUGCCUUAGUAGGCCUGCUGUGCUGGGGAAGCCAUGCCAGUACAUUGAUGGGAAUGUUAUUAGCAUGCUGCGCCUCCAGUUCCAUCCAUUGGGUUGGGUGGUCUCGAUGGCAAGCCGCUAGUAGGGGGCCCAGAAUGGCUGCUCUGUAGUAGCUGUCUAGGUUGGGCACUCCCAUUCCCCCAUUUUUACGUGGCAUGUAUAGCGUGCUUUUCGCUACCCGUGCUUUUUGUCUGUCCCAUAUAAAGGUUAGUAGUGUUUCUUGAGCAUCUCGCAUGAAUGUGGGGGGUAUCUUUAUGGGUAACGUUCUAAACAAGUAUUGCAAUUUAGGUACAAUGAUCAUUUUAAUUGCGGCAAUUCUCCCUGACCAAGAUACGAAUUUACUCUUCCAUCCUAGUAGUAGGUUUUUUAUUUCAGUCAGUGUUUUUUGAUAGUUUAUUUUAAAAAGGUUUGCUAGAUUUGGGGUGAGAUUGAUUCCUAGGAAUUUUAGAUGGUCGUUUCGCCAGUCGUAUUUAAAAGAGAUACGCAACCUAUCCAAGACCUCCAUCGGGAUAUUUAUGCCCAUUGCUUGAGUUUUAUUUAUAUUAAGUUUAUAAUAGGAGCACUUGCUGUAUUGGGUGAGCGUAUCGUGGAAGUUAGGUAGGGAUAUGUGUGGUUGCUCGAGUGUUAAGAGGAUGUCGUCUGCGAAAAGUGUGAGUUUGUGUUCUUUGCCUUGUCUCGUAAUGCCGUGUAUGUUUGGGUUGUCCCUAAUGAGUUGCGUGAGAGGUUCUAGCGAGAGAAUAUAAAGGAGAGGCGAUAGUGGGCAGCCCUGUCUUGACCCGUUGGUUAUGUGGAAUUGUUUAGAGCUAAAGCCCCCAUUGGUGACUUUCAUAUUUUAUUUUUUUAAAUAUAUAAAUUGCGUAUUUAUUUUCUAUUUAUUGGACUUCAUGUACACAUAAUUUUAGCUAUAUUUAAAAUACAAAUAACUUCAUCAAUGUAGUGUGCUAAAAUCUUGUGGAUAAAAUGCCCCUUGCCCUCAACUCAGUUGUCAUUAUUGACCUCCAUGAUGACGGCAUUGAGGUCUGUAUGAGGAAUUGAAUGACAGGAGACAAGCAGUAGAAAUUUCCAUCAUAGCAACUACAUUCUCUGUAAUGUUACUGUAGCGUUUGGAAUACAAGCCAUAGUCAGAAAUAGACUUGCUUAUCAUUUACCAGCACGGAGACUAUUCAAAGCUCAUUACCUACCACCCUCCCAUGACGUCAUGGAGGAGACAGGGAGACAUCAUAAAGGAGAACUGGGGACCUAUUGCACCAUGCCUGGCGAUUGCCAUGCGUAGAUUCAAACUUCCCCAUAGUAAAGCACUUGAUCAGUACCGUGGAAGCACCACUAGUGGCGUGUAGUGGCGAAAAGUAUUGUGCUAUUAAUAACAAAUGAGAAAAUAGAUCAGUGACAACACCGAACUGACUGAGUAAGCAAAGUUCACAUAUUAAACAUUUACUCUUUUUUUUUUGAAUGGGUGAUAACACAGGAUAUUGUAAAUGACCCCAGUGCAACACGUGUCACUGAUUCUUUUUUAAGUUUGCUCCUAAGUUAGGAAAAGUUAUCAAGCCCACAUUUGUAAAGACAUGUUUAUUUUCUUGCAUUGUAAGUCUGUGUUUUUCUUUUUACCCCUGGUUCUAAAACCAUUGGGGGAAGAUCUUUUGUAGAAACAACAGAAAUAAACACACAAUAUUUAUCGAGACCCAUAAAUUGUUUAUUAUUGCAGCAUUCCCUAAAGCAAUAAACUGUCAAUUUUUUAGUUGCGUCAAAUAUUUGUAUUAAUGUUUUUUAAAAUAAUAUAUCAUACACAUCAUUGGUAUAUAUAUAUAUAUAUAUAUAUAUAUAUGUAUGUGUCUGUGUAUAUAUAUAUAAUGACUUAUGAACCAUUGUCAAAACUAAACAAUUUUUAGUUGGAAGGAUAUAUUUUUAUAUCCGUAAUUUUAUAAGAUUCAUCAAAAACUGCACACAGGGCCUUCAACAUGGUCUUCGUCGUAUAUUAAUUUCAUUGUGGUCCAAAUAGUUUUGUUUUUUUUUUAAAUUUAUUAACUACUACUUUAUUUUCUUUUCAGAAAAAGCCACCAAUGAAUACAACACCAGUGAAGACUGGGGUCUUAUUAUGGACAUUUGUGAUAAAAUUAGCAAUACUCACAACGGGUAAGAUGUUCUUCUCCAGAACAGAGAGUUCUCAUUAUACUCCUCUUCAUUUAUUUUUAUUCUGUUUUAUUCUUUUGUUUUGUUUUGUUUUUUUACUGGUUUUGGAGAAUUUCGGUGUAGUAUAUAGAGAAGGCCAGGUAUGGAAGACCAGCUCAAUAUAGAUAUUGCUGUGUGUAGCGUUCUCGGUUCCCUUCAAACCUUAUAUAAUUGGAGCCGCAACACCAGUAUUAUGGUGGAAUAAGCUUAUGUUUGGCAUAAGACUGAUGUUGUGGCUGCAUUUAUAACUUUUGAUUUAGUAUUUUUUUUUUUAAACUUCCUUUUGAACUCUGCUCUACUUUGCUGCUGCUCCUUGCUUAUAAUGUAUUAUUUUUUGUACUGCUAGAAUAAAUAAGAUAAAGCUAAAGUUGGUUUGGUUACAUACUAUACUGCUUCCAUCUUUUAUAUAUUAGAAACGUUUUCUUAGUUUCUGUUACUGUCGCAUUCUUAAGUGUCAUUAUGUGCCAAAGUCAGCACCAUCUGGUACCUGGUAUCAUAUUUCUCUUGUUUAUUAUUGGUAAUGAUAACAGGGUUAUAAACCAUAUAUUGUUGGGACUUCUCAUGUGAAUUCUAAUAUAAGUGAAACAAUAAAUGGCUAGAGCAAGCAUUCACACUAAGUGUUCUGUUUUUGUGUAAAACUUCAAAUUGGGCUGAAAUGCUGAAUUCCUCCUAUGAAGAGAGAAAAAUACCACAAUUCACAGAAAAAGGGGGUAAAAAAAACGAAUGUUUAUUCAAGUAAAGUUACAAACCGCUUGUGCAUACAGAGGGAAGGGCUGGCUCGGUGCUCCCACUGCUAAAGUUCCAGCAUGAUUGGUUUAUCAGCAUGAUCGAGACUUGAUCUAGCAUUUCCCUCUGUAAGUCCCAUCUGUAUGUAUCUUUACGUAAGUAAAUGUAUUUUUUUAAAAAUCCAUUUAUCUGCGAAUUGUCAUUUUCCUGUCUUCAUGGAGAAAACCGGCACUUUAGCCCAAUAUUGGACUGCAAAAUACAUAGUUUAACACUUUAAAAAAAUGUCCCUCCAUAUAAAACUAGUAUAGAUAAUAAACAUUUCAGUGUUUUUAUUUAUUAAUUUUCCUCUAAUGCUUCCAGACAAUUGGCCAAUUAUUAUUUUUACUUUUCAGAGCAAAAGAUGGCCUGAAAUCCAUAAUGAAGCGAGUCAAUCAUAAAGUGCCCCAUGUGGCAUUGCAAUCGCUUACUGUAAGUAGUGUUCUCAUUGAUUUCUCCCUCCUUAACAUCUGUUUACAUUUGUCACAUGACAUGUUUCUCAUCUUAUUGACUUCUCAUUUGUCCAUAGCUAUUGGGGGCCUGCGUGUCAAACUGCGGAAAAGCUUUUCAUUUAGAAAUAUGUUCCAGAGAUUUUGCAAGCGAAGUGCGCGGUGUUAUAAACAAGGUACUUUUUAAAGGGCAACAGAUUUUUUUUCAUCAUUUCCUUAAUUUACAUUACUCUCUCUAAAAUAGUUUUUUUUUUUGUGUGUGUUAGCGUGUGUGUGUGUUAGCAUGUGUGUGUAUGUAAAAGGUCACAAAUAGCAAAAGAAAUAGGAAAUAACACGUAAAUAAAUGGUAAUCUUUUACUCCAUGUAAAUAUUUUAUGAAAAUUUACUUUAUACAACAUUAAAAGUUACUGGCUCACAUACUUGCAAGACAAAGCAACCUGAUUGCUUAGAAGACUCCGUUAUUCAUUAAAAUCGAGAAUUGCCAAUAAUUCAAUAGGAAUUUAAAAUAUGUGUGUGUGUAUUUUAUAUAUAUAUAUAUAUAUAUAUUAAUUAGUGUGUGUUUAUUUAUUUAUAUAUAUAUAUAUAUAUAUAUAUUCAAAACGAUAACGGCACUCUAGCCUUUGCAGAAUCGAUCAAAUAUGUUACAAACAUCCAAAAAAUAUGAUUAAGAAGAUAUCCCCCCAACAAUCUAGAUCUCGUUUGGGGGGAUAUCUUCUUAAUUAUAUUUUUUGGAUGUUUGUAACAUAUUUGUUUGUCUCACCUCUUUUGGGUAUUGAUAGAACCAUUAUACUACAAUAGCUCUAAUGGAUUCUUUGUGAUCCACGAGCAGAGUAGUGUGUUUUAUAUUACCCGAAGGUGACACUUAGUAAGAUCUCGCAUUAAGGGAUCGGCGAGACCCCGUUGUCUUGGAAACGCAUCCUGUUACACGAGGUGCCUGGGCGGGACCCACGGAGUGUUUCAUCUUGACGUCAGCGGCCGGGAGUUUGCCUGUAUCCAAAAUAUAUUUAUAUAUAAAACCAAGAUGGCUGCAUGCAUGCUUUGCAAUUGUGUUGUUGGGGUCAUUUUAUACAACAUACAAGAUCCAGCACACGCACUCAUUCACUACACAGCUGUUUCAAAGCUCACAGAAUGUGAUAGUUUAAAUAAAAAAUAUAUAAUAUGAUGCAAAAGCCUAGCAUUCAACGUGAUUACACUUGAAGGGUCACUCUACUAAUCAAUACAAAAUAAAUUGAAUCACUGUUUAGUAGAUAUAUGUAAAAUUAAACAUCGCAUGCAUUUAUAUAUGUAUUUUUUUCAUUGUGUGUAUAUCCAUAAAACGCUUGAAAAAACUGCACAUCCAUUGUUUGAAACCCAUGCAGGCCCUCCCCUCCUAAUCCCACCCAGACUUUCUGUGGCUGUCCAAUCACAAACUUCCCAAUGAGAAGUCUUUGCAAGGCAGGUGCUCUGGGUAAUUGCUGCCUUUUGAGGUUAGUUCCUCUGAGAUAACCAAACCACAAAGUAACUGGACAAGUUGUCUGCUUGAUAGCCAGGUGGGUGUAAUAAAGUUAAUUUAUAAAAGUGUAAAUUUCUAUUGAAAUCAGCACUUUUUUUGUAAAAUGAAAAAAAGAGGACACACUCUUCACACACAAAGCUAUUCAGCAAGUGCCUUAGGGGUCUGUAGUUUUCCUUUGUUUUUUUCUUCGUGCACCUCUGACCUGGAUACAAAUAUUGCAAGACAGAGAACGUGCAAUCUUAGAAUCUGUUUAACAAAUAUUGCUUUAAUCAUAAGUAGUAAUAAAAUGUAAGUGUAUCUGUUGAUGUUUCAGUCCUAAUCUGGACUGUUCUCAAGACCUCAUUAUUACCAAGCCUUCUAAUAAAAAAAAGUGCAUGUAAACAAGGAUAGGACUGGCCCAAGGGACAAGCAAGGGUAAAAAGUGAAAUGGACCUGGGAAAUCAAGAAGGUGAUUGAGACAGUCAUGAUAUGUGUAAUUUCCUUAGCUCAUUGUAUAACUCGAAAAAAUUUGAAAAAAACAUCAUCUUGCCCCAGCAUAUAGAAUCUGAAAAAGGGAGUUUUAGUGAAUUUGCUAUGUACAAAGAAUUUUUUGAAAGAAAAAAUUAUAAACCGUAAAUGUAAAAAUUAUUUUAAAACCCCCCAAAAACUAACAAUAAUCAAGAGUUGCAUUCUUGCUUAGGCAUGCAGAGAUCCUAAUUCCCUUCCAUUUAUGCAGCCUUUAGGCAUCUGUUAACGUUGCAUUAAAAAGCAAUUCAGUGGGUUCUUUUAUUUAAACCUUUUUGGAGUCUUCGUGUCUAGUGUGUGGAUCCAAAAAGCCUCCUGGAGCCUAUCACUUCCGUGUUGUGGCUCUUUAAUAUGCAUUCUUGUUAUAGAAUAUAGAUAUGUUUCCUGGUGCGGUAGUUCAGUGAUUAGUGCUCCGUCUACUUUAAAAACUAUAUGUAACUGAACUAAAUGUGUUCGGUGGCUUUGCAAACUAUUUUAUUGAUCUGGUUGCUUGAGAAGCAGUACUUAUUCACAGCAUCACCUUUGGGAAUGAAUUUCUUUAUGACACACAAGAAAAAACAGUUUCCCAUCAUGUGAUCUUUAUUACUGUGCUGAAACAUGUUUUACCCAUAACUGGUGUGAGGCAGAAUAUUCACUACUUGAAGGUGAUGAAUCUGUCAUUCUAAAUUCCAUAGACGUCACUGAAUUCUUAGCUACACAUCAUGUGCCUCAGGAGCAGGUAAUAGGUCACAAAUGGCAAAAGAAAUCGGAAAUAUCACGUGAAUAAAUGGUAAUCUUUUAUUUCAUGAAAAUUAACUUUAUACAACAUUAAAGGUUACUGGCUCACAUAUCAAGCUGGUUGCUUAGAAGACUCACAAAUUUAUUCACUAAAAUGAGAAUUGACAAUAAUUCAACAGGAAUUUAAAAUUUAAGACCAAUAUAGUCAAGUUGGAAUAAUGAUCUAUUCUAGCUUAGCUAUUUUGGACUUAAAUUCUGAUUCUUACUUUUGUGAAUUACUCUAUCAUUCAACCUACAUUCACAUGUUAUUCCCGAAGAAGGAAAUAUGGUGCAAGAUUGUAAUAGGAGGCAAAUAGUACUGUGUGAGUGUUUUUGAAAACCGUGUGACUCCCCUCUAUUAAAAGAACUUUCAGGCUGAAGGGACACCCAUGCAUGGAAAAAAUUGCCUAUAGUUUGAUUGGCACGUGUUUGUUUAGGAGAUUAAAUAUCCACUUUGUGCAGGUUGUACAUGGAGUGACCCUCUACACUGGUGCUGGGGGAUUAAGAAAUUGAGAUUAAAGUCCAGGAUCAAAUAUGAUUAAGAUCUAUAAUAGACAGAAAAUGUCCACACUGAACUGGCCAAAAGUAGGAAUCCAUCAUGUUUUCCCAGACAUGUAUCAUUGUCAAAUGCUGCUGGGCAGUACAUGUAAAGUGCUGCCUGACCUUAUAUAGAUUUCCUAUGCCACAGGGAUGGAAGCAAUGAAGAAAAUUAUACAGAGAAAAAAAAACAACAAAUUUUAAACCAACUUCUUACUGAACACUUGUCAUUGGUAAAGUGUUCUACUUAUAUAUUACAAAUAACCUGGCCUAUCCCCAAGCUUGGCUAAGAUGCUGCAACCUUACCACUUCAGUUUUUGUUGGACCACAAUGUUCAUCACUGUUCGUCAGCAAAUCUCUGGCCAUGUCAAAGUAGCUAGCCAAAAAACACUUUGUGUCUAUAAGAAGAACUACGAAAUCCAAGUCUGUAAGUUCACCUUGGUUUUGGUGCUGUCCAAAAAUCUCCAGCAGCAUAUUUUGAUCCCGUUCUGAAAUAUAUACUAACUUUAUAUUGUAAUUGUGACUGCAAGUUUGGAUUAAAUGCAUAGUCUGUAGAUCUGGGUUAAUCAGCAAGAAGCUCUCCAGUCAUAAUAUAAGUACAUGUAUUCUGCUCUGCAAUCAAUUUUAAAUCUUAAUACUGUGUGAACUUCAGAACUACACGGGGAGUUGUGCUCGCACAAAAACUGUAGAGCUGUUUUGGCAGAUAAUGAUCUACAGAAUCAUAUAUACUGUUAGGUGAACCAAGAUUUCUAAUUAUUGUAUCAGAAGAAUACUUAUUUCAAUAUUGUUUCUGUUAUUAUUAGCUUGUUGUUCAUUCAUAUUUUAGCAUGAAUAUGUACAGCGUCUGUGAUUUUCUCUUAUUAAACUUUCUGGCCUCAAUCUAACAUUUUAUUUCAGGCCCACCCAAAGGUCUGUGACAAGCUGAAAGCUUUGAUGGUGGAGUGGUCAGAUGAAUUUCAGAAGGAUCCACAGUUUAGUCUUAUAUCUGCCACCAUAAAAUCCCUGAAGGAAGAAGGUGUCUCUUUCCCGACUUCAGGUUCUCAGGUAGGAUUGCAUGCAAUGCAUGACAGCCAUAAUUCUGUGGCUCAGAGAUGUGUGCUAAAGACACAUUUUUCCAAUUUAGUUCUUGUGACAUAGUAUAUGAAAUGUCCUGGUCACAAUGUGCAGCAUUGACGUUCAGCAUCUCAGUGCCCUGUAUUGAUUCAAUGCAUCUCUAUGAGGAGAUGCUUAUUGGCGCAAGAAGGCAGUGUGUGGGCAGGACAAGCCCCGAGGAGCCCGCGUAGCACUGGAAUAAAAAUGUGUAAACUACCUUUUUCACCAGGGAAGGGGCAAAGGGGGAUAGACACCUAAGAUGUGUUUUACACCUAUACAUGUUUGUAUUUGUAGACACUAUAGUAUAUCCAUCUUGUUCAGUGACCUCCUCUUUGAUUAGGAAGUGGCUUAGAUGUACAAGUCUGGUUCCUCCAAAGCAUCCCAUUAGAGAAAUACUGAGCAUGUUAGCAUGAUGAUUUUCAUGGGUUCUCCUCAUUCUAGUUCUUCUUAUUAAACGAUAAGCUGCAAAACAAGUAUAGAAGUGUUGCUUGUUGCCUUGAAUAAGCACUUAAUGCUCAUUGGAUUAUGGGAAGUUAUUUGUGUCUUACUAACUCUCUUGCGCUUACUUUAAAAAAGGAGGCAUGGUUUUGAAGCUGUAAAAUAGUUUUCCCUUCAAAAAGCUAUGCUCCAAGCAUCAUGAAAUAAUGGAUACUUUAUGCUUGAUGUUGCGGGAUAUAUUUAUUGUACUUUUAUCAUCUGGGGUGCACUUUUUAAAAGAAAUAUUUUGCUCAGUUCAUGUACAAAGCAGAAAAACAAUAGGUGCAUAGCUGUUGGCAGAGGUAGAAAAAAAAGUGAACUGAAGUUUUGUGGUAUAGGUUAGAGUUUAGGACAUAGAAGUCCUUCAUGCAGCAAGAGUGAUUCCUGAACAAACAAAAAAUAAAUGGCCUAUUCUGUGCAUCGGUUGUUUUUAAAGCAUCACUGUCAUGCCAAACUUACCUUUAAUCGAUUCCUCUUCUCUCCCUCUGUCAGGUCUGUUCUUCAUUUCUUCAUGUCUGGUCUAGUUUUCUUUAUAACAUAAGACAAAGUAGGGACUACUUUGUCUUAUGGAGGUUUCCUACCCUUAACCAGCGUAGGGAACAAAGUGUGGUCAAAGCAAUUUUCCCACAAUUCUUACCUUUCCUCCGUGAUCUCCGCGAUGUUUCCUGUCAGUAUUCCCGGACAUCCUGUCACUUAGACAGCACGCCGGCAUCUAUUAACUAGUGGGGGGACAUAGUGUCCCCCCCGAGCCCCCACCCGUGCCCUGUGAGUUGGGACUAUAAAAGUAAACGGGGGACAUAAGGUCCCCCUUGGCCCCCAUCAACCAUGAGCGGUGGGUGUGAGCCCUAAAUGAAAAUGGGGGGCCUAUUGUCCUCGCCCUGGCCCUCACCCUUGAGCGGCGGGUGGGGGCCCUAAAUUGAACCAAUAGUUCCCCCACCCUAUUUUCAUUUAGGGCUCCCACCCGCCACUCAUGGGUGAUGAGUGGGGACCCUAUGUCCCCCGUUUACUUUUAUAGCUCUCGCUAGUUAAUAGAUGUCCCACCAUUGGGGCAUUUGUUAGAAGGUGGCGGGGGGUUUGCUUUUUACAAUAGUGAGCAGCCACAGGAAAGUAGAGGCAUUCGGGAGAUAUUGACCCACAUAGAGUGAGAGAGGACAUGGGGGUGCUUAGUAAGUGGUGGGGAGCACUGCUCCCUGUCGCUUCUAUUUUUACAUAUUACAAGGAGGGAGUUCCGCGCUGGUAGAUCCCUCCUUGUAAAAAACGAACGAAGAGGUCUUCGUUCAUUCGUUUCAAAUUUCUGUUCAUUAUUCGUCUUUCUGACAAAUGAAUAGAUGAAAUUCCCGUUCACAUGCCCAAGUGUUUAACUGGACUUGCACAUGAAUUUCACAGCGCUAUCUAGUGUGGGCAGAUAAAGUGUCCCACAGGGUUUCAUGUACCCACACAAAGAUGACGUCGCCUAGGACCUAGGCCCGGGCACAAAAUAAAGAUGCAAAAAUAGGUAAUAUGGAGGGGCUUAGGGGUAUUUGGGGGUGAUUAGGGGGAUAAAUAGAUGUAGUGGAGUCAAGAGGGGGUUAAAAAAGAAACCCAGGAUUCGGCCAUGACAGUGCAGCUAUAAGUGCACUUCUAAGAAGUAAUUACUUGCAUGAUUACACGUUUAAUGAACUUAUUUGUUGAUCUUUUUAUUUCAGAGUUCAUCAAAUACUCCUAAAAAUGGUGCAUUACCUGUAAAAAACAAAGAGGAUGAAGAUAUUGCUAAAGGUAUGUGUACUCUGUCUAUAGAUUUUAUGCUAAUGGAUCAGAUUUGAUUUUUCUUUCUUUUGCCUUCAAAUAAACCGUUAAGUUAAAAUAUGAAGCAGGGUUGCAACAGAAACAAGCUAUGCCUAUAAAUGGGAAAUAAACUGGAUAGGUACUGUAUAGGGUGGACUUCUUCAGCAUUUGGGUAAGAUAUGUUCAGUUCAGGUUUCCUGCUAAGGAACAUUCGGUAGUUAUGUUGUGGUCCUAUCUGUAUUGCAGUUACAAUCCACUGCAGUAGACUCUCUUAGCAUUUUCAUUAAUGGUGCAUUAUAGGCACCAUAACCACUACAGAGUGUUUUUUAUAUAUAUAUUGGCUAUGGUGCCAUAUGUCCUCUGUCGCUGUCCUAUGGUAAUGAAUAAAACUGUUUUUCCAAAGGUUUUACUCUUAACUGAGUCCCCCAGGUACUCCCAGUCAUUUUGGCUGUCUGUGAUAAUGGUAGGGUUGUCGGUGUCACAAUUAGGACAAAAUGUAUAGUACAAAAAUGAGAUGAAAACCUUUGCUUUAGCAAUGUCGCAGAAGGACUACAGGUGGCCAUGGGACCCAGGUAAGUUUCAAACAGUUAAAAAAACAGUUUGACUUAACUCUGUGGGGCACACUGUGUGAGCCACUAAUAUUGGUUAGUGGACAGUGAAGCUAUCUCUUCCCAUGAAUUUUAAUGCUCUGUUAACUUAUCCCCAUAUUUAACAAAUGCCUUUGUGAGGUGUGAAACAUAAAAUGAAAUAUGCAGAAUUCACACUACUGCAUUUACCUCUACACUGUAACAGAGCACCCCCAUCCUUAACCUUUAGCAAUCGCUAUUAGUUCUGCCCUUAAAUACGGAAACCCAUCGUUUGCACCUGUCAGUCGGCAUAAAGAGUCUGUAGGGACAGGAAGAAUAAUCAAGACACAAGGUUUCUGUAUCUUCCAAUUCAUUGUAUAGUUUGGCUGGACCUGGACUGGAUUGUAAUGUUAUUUGCUAAAACUUUAAUUGUUUAUUGAAAAUUUGGUUGUCAACCUGCUACAGUUCAUAAUUUUAGUAAAUUUCCGCACAGGAAAUUCAGAAAGCUUAAAGUUCAUUUUUGCUUUUAAAUAACAGCAAUUGAAUUGUCAUUGCAAGAGCAAAAGCCGACAGAGACGAAAUCUCUGUAUCCAUCUGUCGAAUCCCAGCCUGACAGUCAGAAGAUGCCAAGAAAGGUCCGGGCGCUGUAUGAUUUCGAAGCUGUUGAAGACAAUGAAUUGACAUUUAAAAGUGGAGAAGUCAUCAUUGUUUUGGAUGAUAGGUAUGAAGUGUUUAAUGGAGUUAUCCUAUACCGUGCCUCUCUUUUUAUUACGAUUGAUUACCUUUGUUCCGUAUUAUAAAAUACAAUCCUUGUUUAAACAAAGGGUAGGUGUUUAGCAAAAUUUUAAAAAAUCAUAUUCAAUCUCUAAAGCAAAUCUUUUGACACAUACAGCUUUUAAAGCAAUACACAUAUCAUUUAUCCUAACUAUUUUUCGGUGGGCUUUAUACUAAGGUUACACCUAUCCCGCUUUGCUCUGUUUCUUCACUGACGCAAUUGGUCCUGCUUAGGAAAACUUCUGUCAAUCAUUCUCGGUGACACCAACCCACUGGCUUCAUUUCUAACGCAUGCGUGUCAGAAAGGAGUGAUAUUUGUCACUCCAUUCCUAUAUUCUCCUUGCAGGGUGGGGGAAUAGUCACAGAAACUGUAGCACAUGCUCUGUCGUUGUAAAUGAAAAUAAUUUGUCUCUCAGUUGUCAGCAAGGACUUCAUUGCUGACAAUUUAUUAACAGGCCAGAGUGUACAUUUUAACAGAUUUAUUAGAAAAUCUAUGAAUGUGAUUGCAAUUCCGGAAGCAUAAUAUAAAGAAUAAUUUUAUUUCCUUUUUAAAUUUUAUUUCCAUUUUAUUUAUUUUUUUUGCACUUUUUGUUUUGCUGAAAGCAGGUAUAAGAAAUUCCUUAUACUCUUAGCAUAGAUUAAAAAAUUACUUAAUAAUUUCACUUCCAUAUUGGUACUUUAUACAUGAUACUAAAGCAUACAUAUAAGUGUGUAUCUAUCUCCAGGCUUGGCCUUUAAGGCUAUUAUAAGUUCUCUUUGGUCAGAUGUGUGGUUAUUAAUGUAUAAAUGGAUAAUGCCACCUGACUGCGCAAUUUUUAUUUGCCCAGCAAUUGUGCUUUCAACUUUCCUGAAUGGGCUUUGAUCAGAUAAACUGUGCUUUAAAAUAAGGAACUUAAGGAUAGUCUGUCCCACAAAGCAAGGGUAAGCCAGGAGAUAAUACAUGCAUCACAAAAUAAUGCACACACAAGCUACAAUAUAUGGAAAAUGUCAUUUUAAAGAAUGUGCAACAUUUUCCUUUACUUCUCCAUGUAAUUAUAGAGAAUAUAUCCUGUCUCUUUUAAAAGGAUGCUAUAGUCACCAAAACACCUUUAGCCUAAUGAAGCAGUUUUUGUGUAUAGAUCAUGCCUCUCCUUUUAUUGUUCAAUUCAUUGCCAUUUACGAGUUAAAACGCUUUUGUUUCCUUUUAUGCAGCCCCAGACACAUCUCCCCUGGCUGUGACUGACACAGCCUGCAUGAAAACAGAAUGGUAUCAUUUUCAAUCAGUUGUUAACUUACUUUAAAACAUAUUUCCUGCUCUGUAAAUUGAACUUUAAUUACAUACAGGAGACUCCUGAAGGGUCUAGCAAGCUAUUAACAGAGCAGGAGAUGAGAAGUUCUAAAUUAAACAGAAUUUGCAAUAAAGGAAGUAUAAACAUUAGAUGACUCUUUAAAGGAAGUGUUUAAGAAGGCUGUGUAUGUCUCAUGCAGGGAGGGGUGACUAUGGCUGUAUAAAAAGUGAUUUAACAUAAAGUAAUUUCUUCAAAGUUGAGCAUCUAUUGAAAUAGUACCAGUUAGUUGUAUGUUUUUUUUAAUUUCUUAACAGUGACACUAACUGGUGGAAAGGUGAAAAUCACAGAGGCAUAGGACUUUUCCCAUCAAAUUUUGUGUCUUCAAUUUUAAAUGUUGAACCUGAAGCAGGUAUGUGCCUAUAUUUUUAUGGUGUAUUUUUAUUGUUUAUUACAUGCAAUUUGUGUAAUGUUGGCACAUUUACUAACCUACAGAAACCAACGAUGAUGAGAACAUCCUAGAAUUCCUUGGUAGUUUCAGUAAAGCAUGGUGCUAGAAAUCCCAUGGUGCAUUUUGCGGCCGUGUCUGAGCAGCUAUGGUGUCAUAGGUAAUCCUUGAAUUAUAGCUUAGUAGGGUUUCAGCUGCAGUAUUUCCAUCGCAGCUUUGGUUCUAGCAAGGUCAAUUCACCCUCUAGUUCUUCUGAGGUCAAUUGAAUGAUAGCAGUUAGAUCCCAGGAUGUGCUUGGAAUCUCAAUGUACUGUCCUAGUGAAAUAUUUCGAUUCUACAAUGAAUACAUUUAAAAAAAAAAAUAAAAAAAAUUUAUUGCCCCAACUCUUUUUAGUUUGAGAAGUAUGCAUAUUAUUAUAUGCAACUCCCCUUGACAGGACUUCUUUACUUUUUAUUAAAAUCCUCCCAUUUGUAUCCAGGUUUUUUUUUUUUAAUCUUUUUUUUUUUUGCAGAGCAAAGAAAUAUUACAGCAGACAUGAGGUACCCCAAAGGCAUUCCUCAAAUUGAUUUUCAGCAGAUAGAACAGUGGGGUUUUCGAGGUUACUUGCACAUUUUUUAAAAUUAGGUUAGGUUAACAUCAGAUUGUAGUAUUCAAUUAGGAGGUCAUGAAGGUGCAAAGGUACAUUCAAAUGCAUCAAAACAGACUUAUUGUAUGUUGCAUGUUAGUAGAUAAGCUUAACAUAGGUAGUGCACUAGUCACCACAUUAACUGCACUAGUUUUGUAUGAAAAAUAGAUUAGGCUAUAACUUGCAGCCACCUGGCUUAUGAUAGAUAAGGUACAGUGCUUGCUCUUUUAAGCAGUGCAGGUGUUAGGGUUUGGUCUAAGGAGGGAUACAGGUAAUUGCACGUGGGGCUGCUGUGGAGCCUGUUUUAGUGGGAUUAGUGGGGAAGUCCCUAGCGUGUCUGUACCUAGGAUUUACUUUAUAUGCUAGGUAUCAGGAUUAUAGUACAUGCAUUGAAACAAGGAAAAUGAGAGGAACGGUACAAACGGAAAUAAAAAAGAGACAACCGGUCUACAUGUGAUAGAAAAAAAUAAAAGGCAGACUGAGUGUUCAUUACAUAUUGCCGGGGCCUUCUCUGGUACUUGGGCGAAUUAUCGUGGCUAUAGUCCACUGUGUAGCCCGGAUUCAGCCGACACCCGCUCUGCGCUUGAUUUGUGUGUAGGCCCUCGGGCAUUGCAGGUGAUCCGGCAGUGGGCUGCGCUCUCGCUCUGGGUCCUGUGUCCUGUGCUUGGUUUGCUGCUCUUGUUGUAGGGGUGGUUAUGAAGGUGGCUGAUCGGGGGGCAAGGUACAUCCUCCCUCCAGCCCCGGGCCGGCAUCUUUAAACCACGGACCCGGGCACUUCCAUGGGCCGGGUCCUUCCCAUGGCGGGAAGAGCGGAGGGACCUGAUGGUCUGCUGCCUUCUGGGGCGGCCAUCCCUCCGUCCAUGUGGGCGAUGUCUUCGGGUCAUGCCCUUGGUGGCCCUUGGCCCAGGUGGGCCAGUAAUAUGAGGUGCAGACUUGUCCAGGUAAGUUAGGCCCGAGGGGGUCUUCCACUCUCUCCAUCACUUGCUGACCUGUCUGGAGCAGUAUAAAGAUUAUGUGGGUCUCCAGGUUGGUCCAUAAUUGGUGGAAAUGCUCAUUUAGCCGCUGUAACAUGCGGUCCACAGAGCGAAGGGCUGGUUCGCGCUGUUCGUAUGCCGUCUCUGCCAUGUGGUAGUCCCCAUUUUAGGUCUGGUCUCCUCGCUUACUUGGACCCCGUGCAAGGUUCGCCUAUAGAGUUGUUUGAGUAAGGCAGUCGAGUGGGGAUCGGGAUGACCCCUGCCGGUCCAAGGGGGGGGAGGGGGUUGGAGAUUGUGUGUCCUUGUAUGUUACCAGGAGGCAGGGAGAUCCCCAGCUCCGGUUUAGUAGGCCGCAUCGGUGUCCAUCCGGUCUCCCGUGACUUGUCAGUUUAGUAAGGUCUUGGGGUAUAUCGCUGUGUCCCCUCUGGGCUCUGUAUUGCCCGUCAGUGGGUUUAGUCUUCGUUUUUCCCGGGGUUAAACCCAUUUUAUUUGCUUUUUUAGCAGGAGCUCGGGGCACACACGUCUGCUCCUCUUGCUAGUCAGGCUCCGUCCCCCUCCAGGUUUGUUUUUAAUGUAACAAACAGAAGUAUCUGAUGCCUAAAUCUGCAUUGGUUACAUUAACAGUUAAACAAUAUCUAACAGAUGGCAGCACCAUUUCCUGUUUUCUCAGUUCCUGGAACUGUAAAUGUUAAUUGAUGUCACGUUAAUGAGCUGUGUUAAUGAAGAUAAUAGUUGCCAUAUUUUUCAUGAUAUCUGUCUUUGCAGAUAAGGAUAUUACUAUGUUCUUCUCCUUUUUAAUAUGUUAUAAAUUCUCUCUGGCAAAAAUGAGACUGACGUUUUUGAAUUCAAACAUAUCGGGCCACAGUUCUUCCGUUAUUGAAUAUUUAUUAUUAUUAUUAUUUAUAUAGCGCCAUCAAAAUUCCGUUGCGCUGUACAAUGGGGUAGUUGUCCUCUUCCUGAGACUUUUCUCAGUGCUUAGUAAGGCAGGCAGUGGCAGGGGAGCACUUAAAUCGGAAACAUUUCAAAUUGAACUGACCUUGUUCCCAUUUAAGACCUUUAAGUGUUUUUGUUCCAAAAUUGAUUUUUUUUUUUUUUUUUAUAGAAUGGAUCCACAACUGUCUUAAAAUAUUGGUCAUUGCGGAAACACGGACUUGCUCAUGUAGCACCAAAUCUGUGUAUAUCAAGGAAGAAUUGGCCUUAGGUUGUGUGUUCUAAAACCAUAAAGCCCUGGGGUUGAAGCAUAAAAUGAUAGUCUUGGUGAAACCAAGAAAAAUGUGAUGUCACUAGGUGUGGAUGACCACCUAUAAACACUUAUGCCUCUAGCUUAGGGGAAGAAAAACAUUAACUAGCAGCGAGUAUUGUGCUAAUCCAAAGAAGCAAUGAAAUUUGCAACUUUGAGGAUUUAAAUGUUCUCCCAUACCAAUAAAAUGUAGUAAAUUCAAUAGUUUAAAUAUGACCGCAUUCUUUGGCCCACAUAGCCACUGCUAAUUGGAACUGGCGAGGCACCAAUGGUAUGGAGACAUGUGUCAUCCACUUCAGAUCCACCUGUAGUAUUGCACUAGGUCACCAGUGAGAGAGACACCUUGGUUACAGGAUGCAGGCUACCCUUGGUCCGGGCUACCCUUGGUAGGGCCAUGUUGAAGGUGCAGCCUUCCUAAGUGUUUUACAAAGGUGCACUUGCUAAUUUGAUAAUAUAAUGAGGGUGCAGCCCUGUGUUUAAAAAAGAAAACACAAUCACUUUCAUUACAUCACCCUAUCACUUGUUUCUCAAUUAAUAUAGUAUAUUUUUUUAUUUCUACAGCAGUUGUUGAAAAAAGUGUUGUCUUUGAAGAAAUCCCAGAACCCACCACAACAGCUGAACCUGAACCAGUAUUCAUUGAUGAAGUAAGUAAAGGGAAUAGAUUUACAAAGACUUAUAAAUGGCUGUUCAAACCUGUUGUGCAAGUUAGGAUCAGAUUCUUAAAAUAAUUAAAUAAAACUUUCACUUCUGACUUUUUGGGGCAAGGUUUCAUGAUUCUAAGAUAAGGGAAAGUUACUCGUCCAGGUCCAUAUUUUAAAUUGCCUGUGGCACAGCAUUUCAUCACAGGUGAAACUCUCUAGAUUGUCACUGCAUUCAAUAUCUGGUUCAGUGACUUCAUAACUCUUGAAAGUGAAAAUUAGAAUAGCUUAUCAAUGCUCCUAUAGACUGCACUAGGAUCUCCAUGAUGAGGAAAAAUGUAUGAAAAAGAUUACUGCCUUCACCGUUUCUCUAUGCAGCCAAACUUCAAUCCUUUACACUGAUAUUAAUAGGUUUUCACACUUGGGUUAUGAAAAUGCCUUGUCUGACCUGAUGCUGCUUGCUUUGGUUUUUCUUUAUUUAUUUAUUGUAGACGUUUUUCAAAUGUUUUUAUAGGAGAAAAUGAAUCACGCAUUGCAGUUACUCCAGAGCAUUGAUCCCACCGACCCCAAGCCUGAUUCUGCUGAUCUACUGGAUUUAGAGGGUACUGGAUGAAUGCAUGUUUUAUUUCAGUAAAUGCUGGCAGGAGCUGCGGCUUCCCACUCUGUAAUAAGGCUUGCAAUACGAAGCCUUUGUUUUUUCAGUAAUAAUUUAAAAUCUGCUUUUUAAACCCAUUGUACAGCGCUACGGAAUCUGAUGGCGCUAUAUAAAUAAUAAGUCUCUCUUUUAAAGCUGGAACUAAGUGUCCACUAUGUAAGUAUUAAACAGCUGCUCAGCCCAUUAAAUUGCUUUUGGACAGUGUGACAGCUGCACAGCGCAAUGUCAGUGUACUUCUGUUUUUUAGGAUAUUUAUUUGAUGUGAAAGUGAUAUAUUUUUGUUUCCUGUGCAGAAAAAUACCACUGCUAGUUUCAAGGCACACUUUUCUUAAAGGCUAGCUGUUACAAUGAACUGUUGUGUGAACACAACUGUAAAAGUGUUUUAAAUUUUAUUCAGUGGUGUAUUGGUUCCCCUUUAUGUUACUACUCCAGAAUGGCCUUAUCUCACCUUUUGUCCCACUUCCAACCCAUCUUAUAGCAUGUAAACUGUUGAGCUAUGUCUUUAUCUCUUAUGCAAAAUGUUUAUUUUUUUAAUUAAUCUACUAAAUCAUAGAAUAGUAUUGUAAUCCAAGUGCUAGAAAUCAAAGCUUAUUGUCCUAUCACUACAGUCACUUCGCUAAUGCUAGAGGUCAUCAAUGUAAUUUUGUCCCACUCUUACAAAUUCAAUCAUUUGUGUUAUAACUUAGUACGUAUUUAAGGCAUGAAAUAAGAGAAUCGCCUGAUUCCUCAUGUCUAUUUGAAAUGCUAGAGAAUACAACAUCAGUCAUUACUCCAGAAAAAAGUAAUGCAAACCAUUCUUUUAUUUUUGCAGACGCCUGCCAGCAAAUGGGACCAAUGAUCGAUGACAGGUUAGAAGAAAUUGACAGGUGAGUCCAGAGAAUAUAAACUUAAUCUACUUGGCACAAUUGCUGGCAUUUGCUUGUGCCAAGUCUGCCAUGAAAUUGGUAAAAUUUCCCAACCCCCCCAUCAGCUAUUACUUUCUUGAACCAUGGUCUAAUAUGGAACACUGUUCUAUGCAUACUCUGCAUAGAACAGUUAGUCAGUUUGUUCAGUUGAUAUUUAUGUCUGUAAACAAAUAAAAAGCUUUUAAAUGCAUUGCUUUAUUUAUUCUUUGUGAAUGUAAAGUGUGUGUAUAUAUAAUGUCUCUUGUUUUGUUUUUCCUAACUAGGAAGCAUUCUGAACUCUCAGAGUUAAAUGUGAAGGUUCUUGAAGCAUUAGAGUUAUACAAUAAACUAGUGAAUGAAGCUCCAAUGUACUCAGUAUACAGUAAGCCAUCUCCACAAACUCAUUAUAACCCACCAUCCCUUGGAGUUUCCAUGCAGGUUUGUACUUGUCUGUGAAAUGUUUUGUAUUUCAACAUUUAUAACUGACUGAGCAGCCAAACAUUAGUAGUUGUAAUAAAAUGCAUUCUAAAUCCUAUAGUUCAGGGCCAUGGUCAUGCAUUAUCAUACCAGGACUUCAAAAGAGGGAAUUUCAAAAAUCCCCAGGGGAGGAAAUAAUCUGAAGCAAAGAAUCCAAUUUUUCAAUACUAAGGUUUAUUGUGGAUUUGGGUUUCCUGGAGAAAUCACCAAACCUUUUCAUGACUGUUAUCUGCAAACACCCUAACUCCUUCAUCUUAUUGUAGUGCUUAAGGGCUAGGAGACUAUGAGAGAAGUCCCUCUAGUUUCUAUUAAAUUGUUUUACAGAGUCCCCAGCAUUCUCUAGUCCCCCUCCCUCAUAAAGAUUCAUCAUGAGAAAUUCACCUCAUUAUGUGUCCAAAAUAAAGCUAUGAGCACUGGGUUAUAAAAAAAAUUGGUUGUUCUUUAAUUGGUUAACGUCAACAGAAGGAAUUCACACACAGACUUCUAACACCAUAACCACUGGCAUGACAACAGUGGUUAUGGUACUCUUUUUAUGUAGCCUGCUAAUCUUCACUUUUACUCUGUGUAUUUUUAUGGGCAUGGUUGUGUAUACAUGUAUAUUCUAAUUUGAGAAGAAAAUCAUGCAUGCUCUCUUCCCCAAUCGAACAAUAUAAUUGUGAGUGUUAUCUGUUAUCCAGCUUAUUUAAUGUAGCACAGUACUUAGCCCCUGCGUGGGAUUCAAGUUUGGGAUCCUCUUUGGGCAAGCACAUUUUAUUUAUUUGGCUCCAGUUAGCUGUGUACAACCAACUUAUUGUAGCAGCACUGCCUUCUCAGUGCAGUUAAUAGUACCUUGAUACUGCAGUGUUUCUAAUGAAGGUGUUUAAUGCAAUGUAAACAAUGUACUAUUUUUUUUUUUUACAACUGACUUAUAGGUCCUUAAAAAGACACUAUAGUCACCAGAUCAACUACAGCUUAAUGUAGUUGUUUUGGUGUCUGUGGCCUGCCCCUGUAGUCUUUCUAAUGUAAACAUUGCCUUUACAGAGAAAAGGCAGUGUUUACAUUGCAGCCUAUUAACAACUCUAGAGGCAGUCCUUCAGAGGGCCACUAGAUGUGCUUCCUAUCUUAGUGCUGCACAGAGUGCAGUACCGGCGUUCAGCGUUUUGCGAUUCCCAUAGAGAUGCCUUGAUUCAAUGUAUCUCUAUGAGUAGAUGUGAAUGGGCGCAGCGCAGACUCCCAAUGAUGUCUUGUGGGAAAGAAUUGGAUUAACUGAGAAAGUCAAAGUGGAUGAUCUCGACCAUGGAGGCAGAGCAAGGUGGGACAAGCUGCUGCAAAACAGGCAUGGUGCUGAUGAAAGUUGAGUAAGAACACCUUUUAAUGUAAAGAGGGGGGCCAUGGAACCAAGUAGUUCUUUUAACACUAUAGUAUCAUCAAGAAUACAUGUUUGUGUUCCUGACACUAUAGUGUUCCUUUCAGCUAAUUCUAAAAUGGAAGAAUGGGGUCCCUUUGAUUUUUUUUUUUUCUGUAUAUUAAAUUUAGCUCCUUGUCAAAAAUGCUUAGUUUGUCUUGUCUGUGUUGUGGAAACCAAAUUACAUAGGAAAAAAUCUCACUGUAACAGAACUUACCUGUUGGUAUUUCUCAGAUUGCAUUCUACAUUUAUAGCUAGGAAGCGUGAACUCAAACAUGACAUACCAACUGCUGUCUCCCUUUACCAAUCUAAUUGUCACAUCUAUUUAUAUCUCUAAUUCUGUGGUUAUAUAUAAUCUGAGAUGUUCGUAAAAAAGGACCCUCAGACUUUCUCACCAUUUAAUAGGUUUAUUAAUAUUUUUUUCACUUUAUCGGAGUGUUCACUGCAACCAAGUGUUUAAAUAACACACAGCCUGAAACCCUUUAUUUAGAGGAAAAUUCUCACUUUCAUGGACAUUGUGGCAUACAUUCAGUACUAGUUUAUAGGAGCAGUGACAUAAAAUAAACAUAUUUUAGAUAUACUAAGAACAGUAGGUUUCUCGACAAAGAUUAUAUCUGAGUUGCAAUAUUUUAAAAAGAUUGAAACAGACUUUAGAUAGGAAGAAUAGACUAUCCUAAAACGGCAUAGGAUUGUGAAAAUGUAUGCUAUAGGUGUUUUCUCGUUUAAGAGAAACAACAGCAAGACAUCUCAAUGUGCAUAAAAUCUAUAUCUGUGGCGGCAGAAUAUGCACUGCUUACAAUAUGGAUAGCAUACAUAUCCCCAGGAUUAAGUAAGGGCGCUGAGACAUUAACCCAGCCUUUUCUUCAGAGGCAAUGAGGAACCUUUGGGUUGUAACAGAAAAAUCCCAUCAGCAUAAAAUGUGACAUAAUAAUUAGAGAAACCUAUAACACAAACAAGAAAACUAGUAGGGGGUCCAUGUAGCUAUAAGGACAGUCCACAUAGGUUGAAUUUAUGUACAGGCUGGAUUUUUUAAAACCUCUCUGUAAUGGGUUGUCACAACAGAUUCUAGAGAGAACUGUGUGCAGCUUCUUGCAGGCCCAUUGUCACGAUUAGUCUUGGGAAUUAUCCAGAAUUAAGUCAGAGUUGGCCUAUAUCAGUGUUAACCAAUGGCAGUAGUUAAGUCACGAUCGGUAUGGGAAUCAAGUGUGCCCUGAACAGGAUGGUAAUUUGUUUAACAGGCUGUCUUCAUCUUAAGGCAUGUCUAAUAAGGAAAGAAGAAGAAAGUGGAUUCCAUACUGCUGUCAUGAAUAAAACCUGGGCGAUACAGAGGGUUGAUAGUCCAUAACUUUAGCCAGUGGGGACUAUCAAGGGAAUAUAUUUAGUUUCUGCGUAUUCUAUAAAGCAAGCACAGAGCUCACAGAAUGUGUCACUGCUGCUCGCUUGGAUGGCUGGCUCUUCCUCCAUUCUAAGUGAUUUUCAGUUUCCUCUCAAGACACGGUUUCCCUUUAAAAACAGACUAACAGUUUGAAAUAUUACAAAAAGCCUUCAGUAUGAACUCUAGUGACACAGAAUCCUCCCUUUUUUCCUCUCCCUUUAUUUGAUGUUUCUUUUCAGAGAUCCUUGCUAAGGAACCUAUCUUUAGGGCUAAAAAUAGUUCACUUGUUAUAAAGAAAACGCAAGAAAGAUCAGUUUGAUUCAGUUAUUUUAUUGUAUUAUUACUAUAAAGGAAGGACAGUGUCAUAAGGGUAUUGUUGAAUUGCCAGAAUGUGUUUUGUUCUUCUUACCACUUAAAUAUUGACCCAUGACACUGACUGCUGGAGUACAGAAUGAUAGCAAGAGGGUUUUUCUUAACACCUGAAAUCAAAGGAGUGUGAAAGAGCUUUUCCCUGUACAAUGUGUUUUAUGACAUUUCUGAUUGUAUUAACUUGUAUCUUUUGUGUGAUAUGUUUCCAAAGUCAUUAAAGGUACACUCUAAGCAACAUAACCUCUACAAUAUAUUUUAAGGUUAUGAUGCAAGAAGUGCUUGGGUGAUGUUUUCCUGUUUUGACAAAAGCCUUUGCUAUGUUGGUACCCAAAGCCUCCCCACCCAGAUAAUGCUAACGGAUUACUUUAACAUCAUCCAUUCAAAGCCAUGGAAACUUGGACAGCAGUGUUAGGCUAGGUGGUGGGUUUUCAAACUGAUUGAAAAUGAUUUGAAUAUUAGACUCUAAACACCACAACAAUUAUAUGCUAUUUUGAUUAGUGAAAGGUGCCUUUGUGUGUCUUUCCAUUUUUUUUUAUCAGCGGGGGGGAGGAAAGCAUAUAUUUUAGUGUAACUUCCAUUUUAUAGACUGGUACAAUGAUAAUAAUAAAAAAACGGUAGAAUCAAUUUCAUAUGAAGCCUAUAGUUAAGUAAUAUUUCAUUUAAAACAUUGUAAAGUGCUUUGCUCCUACCCCUUCAGUAUGUGUCGUACAAUUAACUUAUCAUUUAUAUAUCACCAAUAAAUUCUACAGCACCUUACAAUUAUAGAAGUGAAAGUAUACCAUAGUAUGUUAAUCUGACUUUACAUUUAUCCUCCUUAGGGCUAUCACGGCCAACCACAGGGUGGCAACUAUAUGGUCCAGGGCAUGCACCAGGUUCAGCCACCAUCACAUUCCCAAGGAUACAUGAACACUGAUCAGAUUGGUCCACUGCGGUCUCUGCCACCAAAUAUGAACUCCACUGUAAAUACACAAACUGUUCAAACUUCAUACAUGAGGUAACUAUGUAGCAAUUCUCUUCCUUGUAUUUUCAGAGCUGAUUUUAUAAGAUCAAUACGUGAAACUUUUGCCAAGUGUGUGUGUGUGUUUGUGUGUAGUGAAUGAAGCAAACUUUGUAGAAGACAUUUAGCGAAAGCCUUGAUAUUUCUCAGGAAAUAAAAAUGGGUUAAAAAGAUAAUUUUACUGUGGAAGUGGGACCUGGAUUUCUUCUUCUACAGGUUAGCUUGAGGGAAAAAUAAAGCCUUACGUACGAUAGACUUGUUUUAAAGCAUUUUAAGUGCGUAUUAACUUUUAUUUGUUUAAGUGUGUAUUAAUGUUUGUUUUCCCCCUCCCAGCACUGGACAUGAUGGCGUAGCAAAUCCUCCAUAUUUAAACCAGAGCUCAGGACAUCAGUCAAACGCGGGCGCAUACGGCCAACCAAUUGGAAUGUCUGCAGACAUGCCUGCUUAUCAGAACACUACAGCUUCCAUGCCACAUGUGUCUGGCUAUUCAGUAGCAGGCCCCCUGCAUUCUAUUUCCCAACAACCCCCAAAUUACUACCAGCAACCUCUGCUUUGAAACAUAAUUUCAUAGACCUAUGUGAAGCAAUCCUCAAGUUGCUCUUAUAUCACCAGAAUAUUGGUAAUUAGAUACAAUAGAAGCAUUUCCUAUAAAAUCGGACCACACACACACACACAAGUCUAAGAUUCCAACAAUACAACUGAUGCGAGUUUCCCCUUCAUUUUUUGUGUAUCGUUUUGUGUUUUUUCUUCUUCUGGUUUCAAGCUGUUUUCUUUACAAAUAGCUUGAUAGGUUAUCACCUCCAGCUGCAAAGGCUUGUAAGGCAAUUAACGGAACCUGGUUUGGGCUGACUGGCUGCUUCAUGUCAAAUGCCUAAAUAUAGAAAAGCUGUUAAGUCUUAUUUUAUGCAGGUGAAAUGAAGCCAUUCUACGUUUGCAUUGAUCUCUCCACGUACGUCACGCAGUCUUUGUAAUUAUGCUAAUUUAAGCUUAGUUAUUUCGAUCUUUUUUUUUUUUUUUCGUUUUUACCCGUGAGGCUUAUUGUACAGAGUUGACAUUUUAAAAACACAUCAAGUGCAUUAGACUAUUAACUUAGUUUCAGUGUUAACGUGAAACAUUCAACAUUUGUGGCAAAAAAAACAAUAUAUAUGUAGUAUUGGGCUAACUGAAUUUCUAGCAAAUAUAUGAAUAUCUAGCUUUAAAUCUGGUAGGCUAUUUUGUUUAACUGAGUGAGCUUGAUUAAAAAUAUUAUAACGUCAUUAAGAGUUAGCUUGGCUUCUAGAGUCGUGGUUUUUUUUUUGUUUUUUUUUUUUAAAUACACUAGAAAUGGACCAAAUAAACGCCCACUUAGAUUAAAGUAUGACUUUGUUAUUGUUGCAAUCCCUUUAUUUCAUCUCAACGUUACCUUGUAAUCAUGCUUUUGGUAGCAUGAGCUGCUGUUAGACUUUUUUCCCCUCACUAUACUCAGCCUUUUGUCCACAAGUGCAACAAUGAAAAUAUUUACUGAAGAAACGAACAAUGAUACAAGUUCUCCUUUCCAAACAGGGCUACGUUUAAACAUACUUUACUGUAUAUGUUGUAUGUCCCAGAAGCCCCCAUUUAUUUAAUAGCCUGAACGCUAUUAACAUUGGGCCACCUCAGUUAUGAUGUUGAGCAUCACUUUUCCUCAAGUUACAGAUUUAUUUAUUUUGACUAUUCAGGCAUAGGCAACCUUCGGCACUCCAGAUGUUUUGGACUACACCUCCCAUGAUGCUUUGCCAGCAUCAUGGGUGGGAAGAGCAUUAUGGGGGGACGCAGUCCACAACAUCUGGAGUGCCAAAGGUUGCCUAUCCCUGGACUAUAUUAACAUGCAUACAUAGGACAUUGGUUAUAGUAACUCUGCUACAACCAUGCGGUAAACAACCAGCCAAUUCCUCUCCAGAAUUUGUCAGGUUCUCUAGUGGAUUCCAAGUUCUGUCGGCCAUAUUGCAAUGUCAAAGGCAACAUGUGCUCUGUGGCAAUCAUUGAGUGCAGUCCUAUACGGUGCUAUGGGAGCUCAGUGGUGUUAUACUUACCUUUUUCUAUCACUAUAGAAUUGCUGUAACUUGCAUUUGCAGUAUCCUAGUAACAUGAACUAAAGCUAUAAGUAUAAUAUAGAAAAAAAGAUACAUUUUUGUAAAGAUUUUCUAAUUCUGUGUGUAGUUGAAAAGUGUUGUUGACCCAUUUGCUCUAAAGGUGUACUUCAAACCAUAUUUAACUGGCUUUCUACAUAAAUAUAAGUGUUUGUUAGUUACCUUAAAAAGUUAAGAGCAUUUGCUUCUCCUGUGUACAAUGUAUGUUUCAUUUAAAUGUUUUAAAGUGAGCAAAAAUCUAUAUUUUUUACAUGCCUAUUAGUUCUUCAUAAUGUAUAGAUAUGGGAUCGGCAUCUAUUGACACUCCAGAUUUUGUGGACCACAUCUAUCCUAAUUUUAUAACUUCCAUAAUUCUGGCAAAGCACCCAGGUAGAUGUAGUCCACAUCAUCUAGCGUGCCAAAGGUUGCCUAAUCCUGGUAUAGAUAAUGCAUAGCAUAUAGCCAAACCAUCGUAUAGAGCUGGUCAACACAGAGUGGAUAAGUAUUUUAAAUUAAUGCACAUUGAAAUAGUCAUGCUGCCUUAAAAUUGUAGCCAUUCUUUGUUUAAUUUUACUUAUCUGCCGUAGACAGCAUGGUAGGUACUGUCUCUGCUGGCUGGCUGCCUUUCACUUUCCUCUCUGUCAUGUAUAUCACCCCUACAUCUUAAUUAACACUGCCAUGUUUUUGAAGCCUCACCCCACCAGGCACUUAAUAAUACCCCCAAAGCAUGCUUUUUAAAAACACCCAUCAAACCAAGCCAUUUUAACCCCAGCAAGCUUAUUAGGCGACUUGCCUUUUGCUCAUUUGUCCACAAUAUUAUAAAGAAAGUUGCAUAGUACUAAAACAAUUGGAAACCAAUUUUUCUGAACUUAAAGCUAGGAAAUACUGUGUUCUAAGCACAUGGUAACAGUAUAAGAAAAUAAGUUUAAAAUAAAACCACUAAAUAAUGGUUUGCUCAACACGUAAAUUUAGAAUUUCCUAUGGCUGAUUUGUAUAAAAAAAACUAAAACAAAAUUGUGUGUCGGUUUUUUUUAUUUUGGAAAUGACUUUUUAGGGGCAGGGCAAGUUAAACCCUUCUCUACCAUAGGAGGGAAUAGUUUGGAGAAGUGCAGAAUCAUGUGCUAGCAUGUCUUCUUUAACCUUUUCUGAACUUCAGAUCCAAAGUUCUCAGUCACUGACUAAGAUACAUGAUUUGGAUAAUUCGUAAACCUGUGAGAGAGAUGCAUGAAGUAUUGUUGAAAUCUGUGUUUCAGUGUAACUUUCUGCAACUAAAUAUAGUUCAUUUCACCAUUACAGUUUCCGUGUUAUUUUUGUAUUUUCUUAAUUUUCCUUGCAAUUGGGAAAGAUGGUUUUGGUAUUUUUCUUUUUUUUUUUUUACUUCCGCUUUAGUCUUUCACUUGUGUGGUUGUAGUAUGGCAUAUGCUACAUGUUUGUUUAUAUCUUUUUUUCUUUUCAAUUUGACAAUUUUUAUUGUUUUUGUCAUUUUUGAGACAUAUGGAACUUUGGGGGUACAGAAAGGAAAAAAAAAAAGUCAUACAUUCCACGAUAUACAGUUUGUUGAUUGUCUAACACGCAUGUAAUUCGCCACUCGGCGUGUUUAUCUUUUUAAGACUUGUUUAAAAGAGUUUUUUCACAAAGCAUAAUAUGGCCAGCUUAAUCCCAGAGAAUGUUUUACAGCAGCACAGAUCUUUCAGUUUAAUAGAUUGUAUAUAUCUGUAAGAAUUAAUAGAAUGUCAAACCCCUUCUCGUGAUUGCUUCUCGUAUCCUAUAAAGGCCAACCCUUCUUAAUAGUUGGUAUUAUAAUAUGCUGCUGCAUAUGGUUUCUCCUAAGAUGCUGUUUGUUUGCAAGGGAGGUAUAAUACAAUUAAAAUGCUGAAUCAGUUCCCACUUGUCUGAAAAGUGUCUAACUUAAGUUUUUGUAGCAGAUUAUCUUUCAAGACUCUGUUUCUGUUGUCGUUCAAGAAAAAAUACGUUAUUUGUGUGUUUUAUGUUUAUGAUCUGACUCACCCCACUAUCUAUGCUUUAUCUAGCUCACCCAUCCUUGUGGUGUAGAGUAGACACAUAGAUGCUGAAUAACAAACAGGAAUUUGUCAAAGUUCCUACCUUACUCAAUGCACUGAAGCAGCCAAAUAGAACUUUGUUCAUCUAGUGUCAUUUGCAAAGGUUACUAUAGGAAAAACCAGGUGGCUUAAAUAUUCUCAAUAUGGACAGCGAUCGAAAAUAACAGCACCUUAAUCAGAAUCUUUCAAAUGAAUGUUCUUAAUUGUAGUUCAACUAAAAAAAAAACCUGAUGUGAAAGUUAUGUCAUUUGAAUAUUUUUCUGUAUGCACAUAAUAUAUGUAUUUUUUUUUUUUUUCUUUUAUCUCUUCAUUUUAUUUUGUGUCAUUAUAUUCCAAUACGAUUUUAUUACGGGGGCAGAGGGAUGUUUUCCAAACUCUGUAAAUUUUGCUUGGUAUGCUGGAGUGAUGUGUUAUAACUUAAAAUGAACCUUGCGAGUGAAUUGAUUUAGAGUUUAAUGCGUUUAUCAACAGAUGUAGUCAUUUAUGAUAUAUAAAGUAUAUAUAGUGUAUAUUGACAGUUGUCUAUGUUAAAAUUUUAUAGAUAAUGCUGCAUAAACCAUUUCUCUUAGGGAGAUAAGACGAUUACAUUUGUAUAUAUGGCAGCAUUUGAAAACUAAUUUUGCUAAUGUCUUAACUUGUAUUCUAAUCACAUAAUCUCAAUGAUAUUAUGUAGAUAGUGUAAGAAAAAUUUUAUCCAUUUUUUUUUUUUUUCUGAAUAGAACAUUUACUAGAUCUGUUGGUGUUAACAGGAUUAUUUUUGUUCUGUUCUCUCUGCACAGUACUAAAUUGUCAUAUUUAUUUUCAAGAUUGUUCCCAAUUAAACAUUUUGCUGCCAACGUUUA